AUGUCUCUCGUGUCCGCGGUGGUCCUGGCCGCCACUACAAUUCUGGUCUUCGCGCAGAGGAUGGGAGGUGGGGUAUCCGGCAAGCAGCAGCAGCCCCCCCGGCUGUGGGAUCCGAUCCCGUUCGUCUUCAACAGCCUGCAGUUCCUGCUCAACAACGCACAGUUCAUGGAGCGCGUGCAAGCCGCCCUCAAGACAAACAGCAUCGCCCGCUUCUACCUGGGCCGAGACCUCGUCUACCUCGUGUCGGGCGCCAAGAACGUGCAGGCGGUAUUCGGCCGCUCGCCUGCGAAUACCAGCAACAUCCACGCCGACGACAUUAUGGUGCGCACCACGCUGCCGCUGUGGUACCGGAUGACGGGGCCGGAUCUGGAGCGCUUUGCGCGCGACAAGACCGGGCGCGGGCGCAACCCGCUGCCGGGCACCGAACACACGCCGGCGGGCGAGCGCUUCUUCUUCGGCUACGAACAUGUGCACAGCGAGUUCCUCGCCCGCGCCCAGUAUCUGACGCCCAUGGUGGAGCAGUUCCACAGCCAGAUGACCGGCGUCCUCGACAACAAGCACCUGUAUCCCGCGGGCCAGUGGACGACGAUCAGCGUGGUGGACUUCUGCAAGCAGCACGUGGCGCGCUGCGCCCUGUACGCGCUGCUCGGCCCGCGCAUGUUCGAGCUGAGCCCGGAUUUCGUCGACCGCAUGUGGGACUUCGACGACGUCGUCUUCCCGCUGGUCAUGGGCCGGAACCUGGGCCUGCCCAAGUGGCUCAACCGCCGGCCGCACCGGGUGCAUGAGCGCUACCUGGAUGCCGUGCGGCGCUAUCUGGACGCGGCGUGGGCCGGAUUCGACUGGAACAAUGCGGCGUCGGCCGAGGCACGCUGGGAGCCAUGCUUUGGUGCGCAGGUCACGCGUGAGGUGGCCAAGUGGUUCCGGGAGAGUGGGUUUACGGGGAGGGACACGGGUGCCGGGGCGAUUGGCAUCUUGGCUUGGGCACAGAAUUCCAACGUCAUCCCGACGACAACAUGGCUGAUGAUGGAGAUCGCCCGGGACCCAUCUCUCUUCCGUGCCCUGCGAGAGGAGGUCGAGACGGCAUACACGACAGACCCAGCCACCGGAAGACGCCUGGGGUUGGACCCGCAGAAGGUGGCGGCACUGCCGUUGCUGGCAUCGGCCUACACCGAGACGCUGCGGCUGCGCAUGAACUUCAACGUCAUCCGCAACGUGCGCCAGUCCUUCACCCUAGAUGGCUACUUGGUCAAGGGUGGCAGCCUGUUGCAGGUGCCGACCCUGGUCGCCCACUACGACGAGAACGUCUGGGCCGCUGACUCGCACCCGGCGUCCGAGUUCUGGGCCGAGAGGCAUGUCAAGUACGCCGACGAACAGCCCGACGAGCAGGGCAGGACCGGGCGGAAACGCGUGUUUGCCAUGGCGGGGCCAACGGGGUCCUACUUUCCGUACGGCGGCGGUAACUUGAUCUGUCCCGGCCGGCACUUUGCCAAGCACGAGAUCAUGUUAACCAUGGCGCUGUUGGUCUCGCGGUUCGACGUCGAGUUCCUCGAGUGGACCAAGCCGGACGGCUCGCCGUCCGAUCGUCCGCCGCGCAAUGACCCUCGCUUCAGCGGGGGCGGGGCCGCACCGCCGGACCGCGAUAUGAGAAUUAGGAUUAGGCCGGUCGGGAAAUAA